AUGUUUUCUGUGCAUUUUCUGCUGUUGUUUAUUUUGUUUUAGGGUUGAUUUGGAAACAGAGGUCAUUUCACAAACUCAAAUAAAAUGUACAUGGUCAAAACAAAAAAGUUUGAAGAAAAGUACCAUGCUGUAUCAAUAAAUCAGAUGCCUUGUAUCAAAAAUGUGGAUGACAAGGAAUUGAAAUUGGUAGUUGAUGCAGAGAAAAUGUACAAUUUUUUUAUUCAAAAACUACCAUCCUCUGCACUUGCAAAGCAUAAGUUUGGGCGAAGACCAGUUCCUGAUCAUACCACUCUUUUGACAAAUGAUUUUAAAGAACAUGAACAUUCUAUUUCCAGCAUUUUAAAUAAUGCUGUUCAGUCACCACUAAUGAUGGAAUUGUAUUCUUUUGAAGUUAGUUUUAAAUAUGACUGUUGUGAACAAUUGUAUAUUAAACUUUUUCAAAACAAUGAAGAACCAAUAGUUUUAUUAAUACAGCAGUCAAAAGCAUGGUAUGAUCAGAGAAAAUUUCGGGUUACUGGAUCACGAGUUUAUGGUUUGUAUACCUAUUCUGGAAACGACUGGGAAAAUAAAUCCAUAAAGUAUUUUUAUCCCAAGAAUUUUAUGAAUAAAUUUAUCAAACAUGGAAUAAAAUAUGAAGCUGAGGCUAGAGAUGUUUUCAAGGAGAAAACUGGCUUCAUGGUUACAGAAUGUGGGUUAAUAAUUUCCCAUUCUAAUCCUUGGCUUGGAUACUCCCCUGAUGGGAUUAUAAUGGAGGAAGAUAAACCUGUAGCUUUAUUAGAAAUUAAAUGCUUAUACAAUGGUAGUUCAGCUACAAUUAACGAAAUACUUCCGAAGGCAGCAUUUUUGAAUAAAAGUCAUGACUCUUUUGAACUGAAAAAAAGACAUCAAUAUUAUGGCCAAAUACAGUUGGGUAUGGCUAUGUUAAAUGUGCCAAAAUGUUAUUUUGUAGUUUAUGCCUCAUUUGACAAAUCAUUAAAAAUAUUUGAAAUAGAUUUUGACCAUGAAUUUACAAAGGAAAUGUUAUUUACUGUCAAAUAUAAUUUUUUUUUAAAAAAUGAUACAUAAUUUGUGUGCUAACAUAUAA